GAAAUUACGCAGCGCAGCCAGCCAGCCUUUAAGGAGCCGCAGCCCUUUCCUUCCAUCCCCCUUCAACGCUGUCUUUUGCGCCACUGUCUUUCUCCUCCGCAAUCAGCACUCAGGACACAUCUGCCAAUUCCGAAUACACGCAGUCGAUACCAUUCGAUUGUUCUGCAGCUUUUUUCCGAGAGAAAGGGAAUUAGAGACGAUACGCGGCAAGAUGGAUUCCCUGGAGCCCGAGCAGACCCCUUUCGCGGCUGUGAGCGCGCAGACGUCGAGGUUGCAGCGUCAGUACCAAACUUGGCUCGACAAGUCGACUCCCUACACUCCAUUCAGAUGGUUGGGAACCGCAGGUCUCCUGUCCUUCUUCUUCCUCCGCAUAUUUCUCGCACAAGGAUGGUACAUUGUCGCAUACUCGCUGGGCAUUUAUCUUCUCAACCUCUUCCUCGCCUUCUUACAACCCAAAUUCGACCCCUCCAACGAAGCGAUAGAUAAUGACAUGGAAGACGGCUCAGCCGGCGGGCUCCCCACUAAGCAGGACGAGGAGUUCAGACCCUUCAUCCGCCGCCUGCCUGAAUUCAAGUUCUGGUAUGCGAGUACAAGGGCUAUCACUAUUGGUUUCAUCUGCACUUGGUUCUCGAUCUUCGAUAUCCCUGUAUUCUGGCCGGUCUUGGUAAUUUAUUGGCUGAUUCUAUUCACCUUGACUAGUAUGUCCCCACAUCGGGCCUCGUUGUUGCGAAGGGCAAUUUAUCCAAUUAGUGGACGAAAGCUGACAACUCAACAGUGAGGAGACAAAUCCAGCAUAUGAUCAAGUACCGUUACGUACCAUUCUCAUUCGGCAAGACGAAGUACACCAAGAACAGCUCUUAAUCCCUCCCAAUCACCUACCACAUCGACUUCUCCCUGCGAGAUAUCAUUCUGAGAAUUUAGUCGUUGCGGGGAACCACAGCAUGUUGUAUCACUGUAGCUGAUGGCGCGAAACGAAUCAUCAUCAUUUGUACAAAAAGUUUCGAUAUGGAUGGAAUUGGCGCCUGGAUACAGUUCAACGCAAUACAUGAAUUGUGACAGGAAAUGAAAAGAAAGAGAUGAGAAGAGAAGAUGAGACGAUACUGUCCUUUAAUGAUUGAGACACACAAACACCCUUCUUGUUGAGCUAUACCUUAGGGUUUCAUGGGCAUAGGGCUGCAGGCUGGAUGGCAUGGACGGCAUCGCCUGCUAAGAUGCUUGCUUGGGCGCUGGGAUAUAGAAUAUAUGC